AUGGAUAGUGGAAAUGUGAAAAUGAUGAAUGUUGGAGAAUUAGUGGGAGAAAAUUUUGUGAUUCCUGUUAGUGUAAGUGGUGUGAAAACAUUAGCAGUUGUGGAUACGGCAGCUCAAUUUACUAGCGUAAAUAAAAGAUUUUAUAGUAAAUUGCAGGGUGUACCUGGGUUUUGUGAGACUCUGAAAUUAAUGCUUGCUGGAAAAAAUGCAUUUAUGAUGGGUCAUAGAGUAGAAAAUUUGAGUAUUGAGAUAGAUGGAAUAGAAUAUAAGGAAAAUGUGUAUGUUGCAGAUUUGCAAGAAGGAAUUGAUAUGUUGUUGGGAUUGAAGUUUUUGAAGGAGAGAAAUUGUGUGGUGAAUUUAGUUGAUCAAACUUUGAUCAUUGGAGAAAGAUGUGUGAAGGGAAGCAUAGAAGUUGAAGGUGACUCUGAUUUGAGUAAAGUGAAUGGUGAGACAGAAGCUAAAAGUGAUGAGAAAUGUGUUGAUGAAUUAGAGAGAGAAGUUGAAAUUUGUGAAAAUAUGGUGAGAACGAAAAAGAGAAUAGUAGUUCCUCCAUUGACAGUGAUGAGAAUUUCUGUUUGUGCAGAUUAUGAGUUAGAGAAAAAGAAAGAGUAUGUGAUAGAACCUUGUGUUGAUAGACAAGUGUUGGUAUCUUGUGCAUUAGUUAAAGGUGAUGAUGUUGUUCCUAUAGAGAUAGUGAAUGAUGGAGAAAGAAAUGCUGUUUUGAAAGCAGGUAGUGUGUUAGGUGUUAUUAAGGAAGUUGAGACAGUUGCUUCUGAAGUGAGAUGUAAAGAAUAUGUAGAUGGAAAAGCUAGGGUGUCUGCUGUGAAUGAAGCUGAAAUGAAGUUGAAAAUAGAUGAAAAUAUGGAUAAAGAAGAAGUGAUGAGAAGUUUGAAAAGAGAUUUGCCUGAACAUUUGCAAGAUUUAUUUGAAAGAUCAAGUGAGGAGCUUGAUUCAAAUGAAAUGGUUGCAUUGUGUGAAACUUUGAGAGAUUAUGAAGAUGUAUUUGCAAAGCAUGAUCUUGAUUUAGGGUGCAUGAAAGGUGUUAAGCAUACUAUUAACACUGGAAGUGCAGCUCCUGUGAAACAGAAAUUGCGUAGAACUCCAUUGGGAAUGGAAGGAGAAGAGAGAAAGAUGCUUGAAAAGUUGUUAGCUUCUGAUGUUAUUCAGCCAUCAAAUUCUGAAUGGGCAUCCCCACCAGUAUUGAUAAGAAAGAAAGAUGGAAGUGUUAGAUG